UUGGCGACAUUCGGCGAUGACUCAUGUUAAUUUGUAUUCCGAUUGGCCUCUAAAAAUACAGAAAAUGAUCACGGAUGACUCAUAAAAUAGUAUAAGAAGAAAACAUUGUUUCUGAGUGUGAACACUGCGAUAUUUUAACGGAAACCCGGUUUAAUGCUCGAUUGCGCGGAGUGGUUUUACAGUCAGCGUCGGUGUGAAUUCAGGUGUGCGUGCGCGCGGCUCCUCGUUCGGCGGAGGGAAGGUAGGGCGCGUUUCCACAGCCGGCGUCUGUGACGCUCCACCUCGCACCUUCGGACGAGCUCUCCUUGUGGUUUGUGUCACGGCAAGCUUCGGCGAAGCGAGGGCUCCGCGUAGGACUUCGUGGAACAGCGCGUUUCCUUCGUGAAGAGAGAGAGGGAGAGGGUGUGUGUGGGGUGUGGUUGUUGCGUGUGUUUGUUUGAGAGAGAGCGCGGAACCCACCCGGCCGUGUCGAGCGACUCCGUCCGCCGCGCGUCUCCUACAUACGAACAGCUGGUCGGGGGCAGCAGCGCGUGCAGCGCCUGAGGAGCCGAGAACGCAGAGAAGGAGCGCAGGAAGAAAAGACGUGUUGAGGCCGCACGCGGACUGCAGGGUGCGAAGCGCCGAGCGCCGCUGACUGUCGCUGAGCGCGUGCGGAGCGAUUCAGCGGAGCGGCGGCCGAAGGGCGGCAUCGCCUCGUUACCGAUGGCUAAAGCAGACUACCGCAUGGGCCAAAGGGAUGGAUCCGAUCAGAACUUUGACUAUAUGUUCAAAUUGCUGAUCAUCGGCAACAGCAGCGUGGGCAAGACCAGCUUCUUGUUCAGAUACGCAGACGACUCGUUCAGCAACUCCUUCGUCAGCACGGUGGGCAUCGACUUCAAGGUGAAGACCGUCUACAGGCAUGACAAGAGAAUCAAGCUGCAGAUCUGGGAUACAGCCGGUCAGGAACGAUACAGGACGAUCACCACUGCCUAUUACAGAGGAGCCAUGGGCUUCAUCCUCAUGUACGACAUCACCAAUGAGGAGUCCUUCAAUGCUGUGCAGGACUGGGCGACUCAGAUUAAGACCUACUCCUGGGAUAACGCUCAAGUGAUCUUAGUUGGAAAUAAGUGUGACAUGGAUGAUGAGAGGGUGGUGGCCCCUGAGAAGGGCAAGCAACUGGCUGACCAGCUUGGGUUUGAGUAUUAUGAGGCAAGUGCCAAGGAGAACAUCAAUGUACGACAGGUCUUUGAGCGCCUUGUUGACAUCAUCUGUGUGAAGAUGUCCGAGAGAGUGGACACCGAUCCGGCCGUGGUCACUGGUGCAAAAAACACCAGGCUCACAGACAAGCCACCGCAGCUACCUCAAAACUGUGCCUGUUGAUCCUGCCCUUUCAACUCGCAUCUGCCAACACUUCAGCUUGCACCUGUGACAUUUUCAUUGCCCCAUCACUUCAUUGCCCGUGGGAUUCACUCAUUUGUUAGAGGCGAUUGCCACCCCUCACCACCGAUGCCCACCUUUCAUUGCUCUGCUGUGACUACUAUCACCUGGUGCCUUCUUGACAGGUCCAGGAGCUGAGUAUGGUCCACAGCCCAAGCACGGUACUGCCUUUCUCUCAGUUGUAGCACAUUCAAAGCUCCAGGGCAUGCAACAUCACAGCUGUCCAGAUGGCAGAUUUAAAGAUGUAGAAAGAGAUCAGAGUUUGUUCCCAGCAUGGUGACUUUCCCUUCUUUAGCUUGGAAUAAAAGCAGG